UUCACCUGGGUAACCUCCAGCAUUAGCAGCCUGAUUAGAUGACCAGCUGGAGUGAUCAAACACCGGACCCUCAGCCAGAGAAUUCAUGGGAAAUGCUGGGAGUUGUAGUUUUACAACAGCUGGAGGUACCCUGGUUGGGAAACACUAGUCUAAUGAGUUCACCUGGGUAACCUCCAGCAUUAGCAGCCUGAUUAGAUGACCAGCUGGAGUGAUCAAACACCGGAUCCUCAGCCAGAGAAUUCAUGGGAAAUGCUGGGAGUUGUAGUUUUACAACAGCUGGAGGUAACCUGGUUGGGAAACACUAGUCUAAUGAGUUCACCUGGGUAACCUCCAGCAUUAGCAGCCUGAUUAGAUGACCAGCUGGAGUGAUCAAACACCGGACUCUCAGCCAGAGAAUUCAUGGGAAAUGCUGGGAGUUGUAGUUUUACAACAGCUGGAGGUAGCCUGGUUGGGAAACACUAGUCUAAUGAGUACACCUGGGUAACCUCCAGCAUUAGCAGCCUGAUUAGAUGACCAGCUGGAGUGAUCAAACACCGGACCCUCAGCCAGAAAAUUCAUGGGAAAUGCUGGGAGUUGUAGUUUUACAACAGCUGGAGGCACCCUGGUUGACUGGUGUAAGCUCUUCAUCCAGGGGUCUCCAUAUUUAUUACCAUCUUAGCCUCAGUAUUAUCUAUGCAGCUAAUGAUUGUGUGUGCAUAUAAGGAAGCCUCAUGGUAUACACACACUAUAUACAUGCGAUAUACAUGACAAAACACAUAUUACAGAUGGAUCCACCCGAGGACUGAAACUUCAUGUUUAGUCUUCAUUGUUAUUGUUAUAUGGACAGUGUUUGUUUUUACUAUAGAGGUUGAGGUGUUACCAGCGAUGGGUUCCCACUUCUGUUGGGGGGGUCAUUACCAUGACAAAGAUGGAGGUUGGGCUCUCCGGCACUUAUCAAGGCCUCUUCGCUGGGCCAAGUGUCACAUCAUAUCUGGAAGCUGUGAAGACCACAUCCAGGUAUGACUUACACUCUCCAUCCCUGGGAUCCCAUCUUCAUGUCGCCCCCCGACCUCCCCAACAUGGAGCGGAUACUGCCAAUAGACAAGGACAGCAAACAGCGAGAGGAGAAGGGAAUCCUACGAGAGCCAGACUCCACCGCAGACCAGAAGAAGAAGGAGAGGACAUCUGGGAAGAAGAAGAAUUACCAGAGAUAUGCCAAACCUCCAUACUCAUACCUGGCCAUGAUAGCGUUGGUCAUACAGAAUGCCCCAGACAAGAGGCUCAAGUUGUCUCAGAUCCUACAGGAGAUCAGCACUUUAUUCCCUUUCUUCAAGGGAGAUUACCAAGGCUGGAAGGACUCCAUCAGACAUAACUUGUCUUCGAACGACUGCUUCAAAAAGGUUUUGAAGGAUCCGCACAAACCUCAGGCUAAAGGAAACUACUGGACAGUGGACGUCAGCCGGAUUCCUGCCGACGCCAUGAAGCUUCAAAACACAGCGGUUACCCGUCAGGAUAUCUACCCACAUGACCUCGCCCCCUACAUUUUUCACGGACGUCCCUUCAGGCCUCUGGAUUUUCGGCGCCCUCAUCUCCCAAUAGAGGCCGAUCCUGUCCGGAAUGAACCAGAAGCCACAUCUCCGGCCAGCUCUUCGGUUUCUGACCCCGCGGUGUCUUUCCCGAUGAUCCUAUGGAACCUUCCUACGUCUUACUCAAAAUGCAUCGCCCCCAAUGUAGUGGCCCCUCCAAGUAUACACCCGCUUCUGCUUUACUCCAACUUCCCAUCAAUAUCCCUGUAUAACUACAUGACACCUCCUUACUCUAGUCCCACUUACCAAGAACGGAGGGAGGCCUUCUCCUCUACCCUACAACCCCAAAGGCCCCUUCCCCCGCCGCUGCCCCUGGAAUUAAAGAACCCUUCAGUUGACUUUCCCCCCAACAAAACAGUGUUUGACAUCCCAGUAUACCCCCCACACCCUGGGUACAUGUCCCAUCAGAGUCUAUACCGGGACCACUUAGCACACAGCGCCGGUCUUCCUGGCUACAGACACCCGGGCUACUAACCCUUUGAAUACUCAGACAAAGCUACUUUUGGACUAAGUGUUAACACUUUAGUCACUGGCUAGUACGCACUUUGCUGGUCACAGUGACACAAACUAUAGCACAACACAGGUCCGAGGGGGGUGGCACAGGCAUCGUGUAUAUACAUCACCAAUGUCCUUGGUUCUUUUAUUUGUAAUUUUGUAAAUAAUUGUUUUGCUUUUGCCCAAUAAAUUGCUUUUUCACAGUAAAAUGUUAUUGUGGUCGUGUAAGUGUCAAUGAGAUCCAACAAAGAAAAGACAAAGGCACAAAGCCUGUAUAGUUAUAGGUACUAGAUACCUGUUUUAGAACUACUAAAUUGGGGAACACCUAUUUACUAUAUAGGGUCUACCUACUUGCCUACAAUAAUAGGGUUGUACCUAUCGACUAUAAGAAGGUCACAACUAUAUACCUACUAUAUAGGCACGUCUCCCUACAUACUAUAUAUUUUUCUUUUUGAGGGAUACUUGUUAGGAUUCGGCAGGCUGGAUGUGGAUCCUCUGUGUCAGCGAGGGAUUGGCGUGGACCGUGUCGGUGGACCGGUUCUAGGUUGCUACUGGUAUUCACCAGAGCCCGCCGCAAAGCGGGAUGGUCUUGCUGUGGCGGUAGCAACCAGGUCGUAUCCACUAGCAACGGCUCAACCUCUCUGACUGCUGAGAAGGCGUGGGACAGAAGGACUAGACAGAGGCAAGGUCAGACGUAGCAGAAGGUCGGGGCAGGCGGCAAGGUUUGUAAUCAAUGGAGAUAGCAAGAGCUCAGGAACACUGGUAAGACAAACACUGUAAACGCUUUCUCUGGCACAAAGGCAACAAGAUCCGGCAAUGCUGGGAAGGGGAAGUGAGGUUAUAUAGGGAAGUGCACAGGUGGAAGCUAAUGAGACUGAUUGAGCCAGACACCAAUCAUUGGUGCACUGGCCCUUUAAAUCUUAGAGAGCUGGCGCGCGCCCUAAGGAGCGGAGCCGCGCGCGCCAGGACGUGACAGCCGGGGACCGGGACAGGUGAGUGACUUGGGAUGCGAUUCGCGAGCGGGCGCGUCCCGCUAUGCGAAUCGCAUCCCCGCCGGCAGUGUCAGUGCAGCGCUCCCGGUCAGCGGGUCUGACCGGGGCGCUGCAGAGAGGGGAACGCCGCGAGCGCUCCGGUUAGGAGCAGGGACCCGGAGCGCUCGGCGUAACAAUACUAACCUUUUAUGUGGGAUCUCCCAAUGAUAUGCAACAUUCUACCUUCUAUAUGGGGACUACAUACCUAUUAUACAUCUACUUUAUUGGAUGGACACAUACUUACUAUAUGGGAUCUAGCAACAAAGCAAGGUAAGCUGUCUCUGCUAUCUGAAUAAUCCCAUGCAUAGGAGAGACG